AAGAACUGGAAUUUGCGAUAGAAAGACUUUCCUGUCAAUAUUUACGUCAAUUUGCGAUUCCGUUGCACAUAACCUAAGUUCUGGCCUAUUUGAAGAGAUCAUAGGGCUUUUCGAUUCUUGGAACGUGUUAUAAAAUUCCAUAUAUGCUUGCUCAUUUCCAUUUGGAAUUGCAAACAUGGGCCGCGAAGAUCAAGUCGAGGAACGAGAAGUCCUCGACUCGAUAUUUCCAGAAGAAAUUACAGAUUUAUCAGACACAUCCUACCGAAUAACUAUAAAGCUCGACGUUGAUGAAGACGAAGAGAAUGAGGAGGCACCAACUCUAUUACUACAGGUUUCAUAUCCAGAGGCAUAUCCUGAUGUGGCCCCAGAUCUUGAGAUUUUAACACCACCAAAUUCCGCAAAACACACACGCUUCGACAUACAGGAGGACAAGGCCCACCUGAUGAACGCACUUCAACCUAGCAUUGAAGAGAACCUUGGCAUGGCCAUGAUAUUUACCCUAGUCAGUACGCUAAAGGAAGCGGCGGAGACAUUGAUAAUGGAGCGUGUGGCAUCCGAAAGACAAGCGCGCGAAAGAGAGAUUGCACAAGCCGAGGAGGAAGAGAAUCGAAAGUUCCAGGGCACACUUGUCAAUAGAGAGAGAUUCCUUGAAUGGCGGGAGAGAUUUAUGAAAGAGAUGGAGGAAGCAGAGCAGAGAGAACGGGAGGAGAAAGAGGCGGAAGAGAAGAAGAAAAAGCCGUCUGCUCGUGAAGAGCAAAAGCUUACAGGACGACAGCUAUGGGAGCGAGGUUUGGCAGGCAAGGGCGACUAUGAUGAAGAGGGCGAAGAGGAGGUGCCAUCGGAAGGAGUCGAAAAAUUGCAAAUUUCAUCCUAAAGCGAGAGAUUCUCAUGACCUGGUGCGAAAGAACCUUUUUUGACAUAGCGAAGGAACAAGGAAGUGGCUUCGUCUACCACUUACCCCCCACAACGCAAUUCAUCGCUUAAUAGCAAACUCUACAUGUAUAUGUUGUAAUCAAACUGGAAGAUCAAGACAAGAGCUUGCAGCUUGCAUCAGUGAAGCCUUGCAAUUGCCGCCUGAAGACAAGCGUCCAUUUUCAACAGAGGUACUCGAUAAUAAGGAAACCGAAGUAGCCAGCUGAAGUACAUCAACCGACAAGCUGCCUGCCAUAUUUCUGUAUCAAGGAGAUCCAGGAGCCAACCGAUGGUGGCUUUUCAGUCUCCUUUCUAGCUUCUUUAGCUUCUUCUUCCUCUUCUGCAGCCAGUUUACGCUCGGCGAGAACGACCUCCCACAUCUUCUCUGCAAGUUCUUGUUGCUUCUUCUCAAACUCUAUAUUAUCAUAGAAUGCCUUCUUGUAACACUCCAGAGGACUCUCCAUCCAGGAACCUUCAAUCCAGCGUAUUGGGUGAUGCGCAUGUAUCACUCGCGGAGUGACAGGUUGACCUUCAAUGAGACGAUCCCAGUCUUCCUCAUCCUUUGCAAAGAGCGUAUCGAUAAGCAGUCUCUCACGUCUUUCCACUAAUUUGUCCUUGAAGCGGAGUUUGUACCGAAUAAUUCGGCUCAGAUUCUGCGGCUGCGGUUUUUUGAUUCGCAGAAAAGGUACACCACGAGCGCUCACGAGUU